AUGUCGUCGUUGAUGCUCUGGCUUCUCGCGACCCUCCCGACAGACGUCCUUUUCGAAGUCUCCAGGUAUAUCGACCUCAAAGCAGACGUUCUCAACUUCGCGUUGGCGGCCAGUACCCUCCUCGGCAAAAGCUUAUUCUUCGGCUUGCUUCCAGCAGUAUACGAUGACGUCCGUCUCGAUACUCUAGAGCAAUGCAAGGCAACCCUUGCAAUGCUGAAUCGGGACCCAAGUAUAGCGCGCCACAUUCAGAAGUUAACCGUCCGUUUCCCUUCGAGCGCUUCGCAUUCCGGUGGCUUCCCGAUAUCGGUCUUGCUGAGGACAUUGGCACCUAAACUGGAUGCACUGCAUACGUUCAUCUGGGAUGCAGGGGAGAUACCCCAGUGCGAUGACAUGUGGUUCGCGCUGCGGAUUUCAUGUCCACGGCUGCACACUGUCGGCACAUCAUACGGAGCCAAGCUACCAGACAGCCAUAGCACCCUCUUUCAAUUUAAGAACUUGCGUGGUUUCAGGUUGGCGCUGAAGCCGGCCUUUUACGACAAUCAUUCAGAUGGUCUCCAAGAGUUACCUUCAGAGUCCCGACUCUGGGACAUGCUUAUUCGCCGAUGCUCAAAUCUGGAAGAACUCCAUAUCUCCGGCGCACCCUUCCUCCCGGUUUCUGUCGUACAUCCUCUCUGUUACGCGCGCUGGCCGAAACUACGAUCGCUGUCCCUCGGUGAUAUCGUCCUGGACUGGCAACCUCGAGGGGGAGGCGUUAAGCCACCGUUCAUCGCUUUCCUCGAGGCACAUCCUCAUUUACAAAUGCUAAGGACCUCUCGCGCAGCCCUUAAUCCGGGGUUUUUGUCAUCCCUGGAUAAGGGAGCACUGCCUAAUCUCACGCGGUUUGCGGGUUCUCUGGAGCAAUUACAGGGCUUGUCCCAGAUUUAUUCUCAGAUCACUAGUGUGGCAAUUGACGAGCCACUUGUGAUCCGAGACAUGGCUCCAUUACUUGCAGCUGGCGUCCUACAAGGUCUUCACUGUUUGACUGAGCUGCGUGUGGCACUUGUAUUUCAGGCAGCAUACGAGGGUGGUCGCUUGGUUCGUUCCAUCGUGAACGCCUGCCCCCGCCUCACCAAGCUGGAGUUAAUAUGUGCUCGUAGACCGUCAUUCACUCUAGACACGCUUGCCAAAAUCAUCGGUGCACUUCCGCGUCUGCGUCAGCUCCGUGUGACGAUGGUUCGCGCCCGUUGUGAACAAUCCCUUAAAGAAUGCGCUGCUCUUAUCGCACGUUCAAACCCACAGUUGCAGACCUUUAGUAUUACGUUCAUUUCCCCCACUCUCCCUCCGCCCAUCCCACUCAGCGCGGAUAUCAGCGUAAAUGGCGGCGAACCAGCUCAUCCCUACCUCGAAUCCGGGAACUACGUACUACAAACAGAUGAAUAUGGUCUACCAUCGUCAGUCGUGGGUACGGAACGCAGGGCGCUACGUUCGUUAUCCCUCCCUCCGAUUGGGAUAACGAUGCCACUCCCAACAUUACCUCUGAACACCUGUACUACGAAGAAGUACAAUCGAGGAAGGGGGCUGGGUGCGAUUUUCGAGAAGAGCGUUGCAGGUGAGGAGAUGAGAGUACUUGUCCUGAUGCUGUCGCUCGGUGGGGCAGCACUCUGGGUGUUCUUCAGUUGA